AUGGAGUUGGUCUGCACCUGGACACUCGUUGUGAGCUCUUUGAUGUUGGUGGAAAUCUCGUGGACUCGACCCACUGAGGAAGAUCAGCAUCUGACUCCUGAUGAUUUUCAGCUUGCUAAGAGUUACCUAAGGAGGUUCUAUAGCCUCAGACUCAGAAGCACAAACCACAGAAGUUCAACACGUAAGAUCAGGUCUGCAUCAGCCAUGGAGCAGAAGGUCAGGCAAAUGCAGAACUUCUUUGGCCUGAGAGAAACAGGAAUCCUGGACUCCAACACCAUGGAUGUCAUGAAGAAGCCGAGGUGUGGUGUUCCUGAUGUGGACAACUAUAGUUUUUAUCCUUAUCAUCCCAAAUGGAAGAACCGUACCAUCUCCUACAAGAUAGCAAAGUAUACCCCAGACCUGAGUAGAGAGGAUGUGGAAAGAUCCUUUCGUUUAGCCCUGAAGAUGUGGAGUGACGCAGCUCCUCUGAAUUUCGUUAAGGUCAUCCAUGGCAAAGCUGAUAUUGUCCUCUCUUUUGCACACAGAGCUCAUGGAGACUUCUCUCCCUUCGAUGGACCUGGAGGAGUGCUGGCCCAUGCCUUUCAGCCUGGUGAGGGGAUGGGUGGAGAUGUACACUUUGAUGAAGACGAAACAUGGACGACAGGGGGGCAAGGUUUCAGCCUGUUUGCUGUUGCAGCUCAUGAACUUGGUCACUCGCUUGGUUUGACUCACUCCAGAGACCCCUCUGCUGUCAUGUUCCCCAGUUACAGACAUCAGAGCAGCAAACAGUACACUCUUUCCACUGACGAUGUACUGGGGAUCCAAAGGCUUUAUGGCAAACCCAAAAUAGAAGCUGAAAAUCGACCUAAAGUUCCAAAGAAAUGUGAUCCCAUGUUUGCAUUUGAAGCGGCUGCGGUGAUCCAAAAUGAGAUUGUUUUCUUUCAGAACAGAUUCAUAUGGAUGAGAACAACAAAGUUGACUUACUGGAAUCGGCUGAGGGAAGGCCACAUCCGCACAUAUUUACCCGACAUAGGUUCUCCCGUUGAUGCCGCUUAUGACAUCCCAGCCAAAGGCGUGGCAUACCUAUUCACUGGUCAUAAGUACUGGGUGGUGCAACAGUUAAAGACACGAGGCACAGCUGGCAACAUCUCAGAGUUUGGUUUUCCGUCCAGCAUAAGGCGGGUUGAUGCUGCCGUUCAUGUUCCAGAAUAUGGAAAAACCAUGUUCUUCAUCGGACAGUUUUAUUACAGGUAUGAUGAGCAAAAGAGUCAGAUGGAUCCCGGCUUCCCCAGAUUCAUCCAGACAGACUGGCGUGGAAUCCCGAGAAAGGUUGACGCUGCGUUCAAGUUGCAUGGCAGCAUCUUCCUCCUCAGCGGGUCUAAAUCCUACCAAUAUGACUUCAGACAGAUGCGGGUGGUGAACAUAAUUGCAGGAAAUUCUUGGCUGGGAUGCUGACUUACUGGAAACCCACACUUUAUGUAGCUAAAAAAUAAACCUAACUACACAUGUAGUUGUUAAACACAGAUUAUACUGUUGCAUGACUGAACAGCAGUCUAUGAUGACCACUGUAUAAAGGCUGUACUGUGUUAAGGAUUUAUUGUGCAAUAUGAAAGACAUGUUUAGCAUGUGUUGUUCUUUUUGUGGGAUGUUUUGAGAGUUAUAUAUUCUUCCAAUUUAGCUCAUUGUGAGGGUUCCCAUGCAAAUGCACUUAGACGUAAUAAUCAAAUGCCAGAAUAAUUUUUCUCUGACAUUUAGA